AUGGUGUUCCCACUCACCACUGUGUUUUCUUCCCACACAGAUGCCCUGCGGAGCAUCGUCUCCAUGAACCACGCACCGCGGUCCUCGCCGGCAGAGCUCAGUGGUGCCAACCACCACCUGCUGCGUGAGCGCAAGUCCUCCGCGCCUUCCCACUCCAGCCAGCCCACCCUCUUCACCUUUGACUCCCCUGCUGGCCACCUCCAGAGCACCCUCUCUGCCAGUGCCCCCCAGGAUUACCUUUUCCUCCACCAGUGUAUGAGCAGAAAGUCGGAAAACACAAGGAGCGCCAGCUUCUCCCAAGCCACGAGGUCCUCCUUUUUCAUGCGCAGUGACACGGCUGUCCAGAAGCUCUCACAAGGCAACGGGCACUGCAUGAAUGGAGUGGGUGGGCAGCUCCAUGGCUUUUACAGCCUGCCAAAACCCAGCCGACACAACUCAGAGUUCAGGGACAGCGCGUAUGACCUCCCACGCUCUUUCGGUUCCUACACACACCCCAAGUUGAGCCUCACCAGUUCCGAAACGGAUAACGAGGAAGUCUAUACCUACAAGACUCCCAGCAAUGCCUUAUGCAAGGAAUUUGGAGAGCUCUCCACGGACUCCUACGAUAUUCCCGCCACCCCGCUCUCCGUCUACCAGAUUCCCAGGACAUUUACACUAGACAAGAACCACAAUGCUCUUGCCGUGGCCGCCAGUGACUCGCCCACCAUGCCACCCCCACGGCCUCCAAAACCUGGGCAGAUGGAGCCACGAUGGGGCAGCCCACCCCAGCGACCCCAACCCAGUGAAAGCUUAGGGUUGGCCCCCAUGGCAGCCACCAUUCCCCGGAGAAACACACUGCCAGCAGUGGAGAACAGCAGGCUGCACCGAGCUUCUUCUUGUGAGACGUACGACUACCCCCAGCACGGGGGCAGCAGCACCGUGCAGUCGGUGGAGUCCAUGAAUGAUGGGUACAACUCCUACCUGCAGGCCAAGGCUGUGGUGGCCCGUUCCCACAGUGCCGACUCUGAGGACAACUACGUCCCCAUGAACCCUGGUUCCUCGCCCCUGAUCCAUGCUGAGAAAGCCAACGACAACGCCCAAAAUCUCUACAUCCCCAUGAGCCCUGGGCCGCAUCACUUUGACCUGGUGGGAUUGUCUUCAGCCACCCUCCCCAUGCAUAAAGGAGGGGCCAUGGCCCAGUGCCACAGGCGGCUGAGUGAAAUCCAGCCCCCACCAGUCAACCGCAACCUCAAACCCGACCGGAAAGCAAAGCCAUCACCACUGGACCUGAGGAACAACACUGUCAUCGAUGAGCUUCCCUUCAAAUCACCAGUGACAAAAUCCUGGUCCAGGCCAAGCCAGACCUUCAACGCCAGCUCUUUGCAAUACUGUCGACCUGUCUCCUCCCAGAGCAUCACCAGCACUGACUCAGGAGACAGUGAGGAGAACUACGUGGCAAUGCAAAACCCCAUUUCUGCUUCUCCUGUUCCUAGUGGCACCAACAGCCCAGCGCCUAAAAAGAGUUCGGGUAGUGUGGAUUAUCUGGCCCUGGACUUCCAGCCAAGCUCACCAGGGCCACACAGAAAGCCCUCCACCUCAUCGGUUGCCUCAGAUGAGAAGGUUGACUAUGUGCAAGUGGACAAGGAGAAGACACAGGCGCUGCAGAGCACCAUGCAGGAGUGGACUGAUGUGCGGCAGUCCUCAGAGGCCACCAAGAGCACCAAGCAAUAGUGACAGGGCAGAUACUUAACAGGCAGAUGUCCCAGGGGUUCUCCCAGCUUGGGGCCCUAUCAGACUUCCAGCUCCAUUUGGACUGGAUUUCUCUAAAACUGCUGUCUGUGGAGGGGAGAGGUUCUUUAUUAUCAUUUUCUUUUAAGACAAAAGAAACUUAAUUGCAGAGGAAGACUUGGCAGAUACUGUUUGCCAGUGAUAAAGGUCAACUAUGUUUGUUGGCUGGGUUUGUGCUUUAGCUGCUGAAUGCACCAUCCAGGAACUUUGAUGUAGCAAUACCAAGUUCCACCUUACACAUUUGUUGCUUACAGUUAUUAAAGCCACCCUUUAUAUCCUAAUAUCAUCUUUCCCCUUCUUCUUCCAUACCAAGCCCAUAAACCAUGCCAUUUAGGUUUGGCAGCAUCUCUUCCAGAACAUCAUUCCCCAGCACCAAUUCUCUCCUCUUUAUGGUUGCCCUCUUCUCUGCCUCCUCUCAAUCCCAAAACUGGGCAAAGACCAUUCCUCUUUGACUUUAUUUUCAUCAUCCCAUCUGUUGUAAAUAGUAAUGUGUUCAAAACCUCUGAUAGUUUUUCUCAUUGUGGGACAGCCUCUGUGUUUCUGGUAGUGAUUUGUAAUUGUGACGAGCUCGAAGAGCUUCCAGACUGCCUUGUUGAGCUGGCUUUGCAGUCCAGGACUUGCCCCACCAUGCAUACAUACACCAGUAUGUAUGUACGCAGACACUUGCAUGCACGCAGGAACACCCAGGUGUGAUGGAGUGUCUUUUAUGGUUGACUCUCAAAGUCAGUGGGUUGGAGAGGUUGGCUUUGGAUGGCAGAAUGUCAGCCUUUCUGAAGCCAAUUGCCUGUGAAUCUGGCCCUAGAAACCAAAAUCUACCUUUUGUGGCACGAAAAUAAGCCCAGUGAGGAUGAGUCCCCAUCAUGAAAAGCUCUGCAUGAGGUAUUCAGAAAGGCUAUGGGACCCCUGUGUACCUGGGCUGAUGUGAGGUUGAGUGAUAAGUGGGAGGAAGGAGGAGAUGUAGGGACCAGGAGAAGGCAGGUGCUGUACCUCAGAGGUCAGACUUGGAUGAAGUGCUCCUGUGGGCUGUAACUUGGGGGAAAGGAGUGGAAUAACUGAAAUGUUGGUCAGUGGUGAGGCGUUAGGUUUGGAAAGAGGCUGAUCAGAAGAAGCAGGACAGGGUGUUCCAAUAUUAAAUUUAUCGCAGCAUACAGCUGGUUCAUGCUGGAAACAAAGGGUUGGUCUAAAUAUUUUUCUCCAUCUUUGGUGAUACCUCUUUGAUACAAACAGUACUUUGUGAUGGUAAUGACCCCAGGCUCUGAUAAUGGAUGGGAAGCUGCUGUUCCACUGCCUGCAUCUUUGACACAUCCAGGCUUUGGGAUUGCUCUCCCCAGGCAGCUGCCGCACACAGAGAGUAGAGAAGGAAGAGGCAGCUUAUUGCAAAGAUAAUAACUCAUGAUCUCAUGAAAACAGGAAGAACUAAUGAUUGCCAUGGAGCUGCCUGAUUGCCAGACAGCAAGCACUGACACAGAUAAACAGACCGACUGCAAAUUGAGAGCUAAACAAAAGGCACGUUAGAAGGAUUAGGUAAUAACAUUUGCUAAACAGCUUGAGUUAUUCUUUCCUCAAAAUGAACCCCUCCCAGCAGCAGGGGCUCUACUUCCCACAACCACCACCAAGAAGAGCAAUCAUUUGUAUUAAUUAUUGAUGCUUAAGCAUUAACACAUUUGUUUAAUCUUGGCCUGAGUUUGGAAAGGGCCAGAUGCAUCUCACAUGGGUAUAGGAUGCCAGACCCUUAAAGGCUAGGCUCUGCCUCAUAAAAUAAGUCUCCAGUUUCCAACACCAGUUGAUGUUUUCCUCUGCCUUGCCAUGAAAUGGGAGGAUAUCAAGGGAAAAGCUCUGAUGACCCUUUUAAGACAUUGCAGUGUUGGGCUUUUACAAGAAUAAUGGAGCAAAUAUCCUCAUGCUUAUGGUAAAAAUAAUGAUCAUCUAGGAGAGAGAUGAGAGAAGUCCCAAAGGGGAAGAUUAACACAGCCAGAUGCUUUGUGAAGACCAGGGCCUGUGCCUCUCACUGAGGACUUGCACGCUUGCAUGGUGAGAUAAUGAAAUGAAGAGCAGAGUGCAGCGCUUCAUCUUUCUAUAACCCCUUUCAUCACCACUUCUCAGGGGAGACAAAACACUGGGUCUGGUUCAGAGCCCACUGAAGUCACUGUAAAGACUCCCAUAAAGUUCAGUGAGCUCAUUAAGAGGAUAUGGAGAGAUCUUCUGGUCUUGGCAUCCCACGGGUGCCUGAGACACGAAGGAGAAGCCACGAAGGAUGGAUCUGGUGUGCAUUGACCUGGCUGGAAGUGAGCUCUGCACAGUCCAUGCUGAAAGGCAAAGAACUUGGCUUUCCUAUUUCAUCUUCCAACCUGCUGUAUACAAAGGAAGAUUAGGUUGGGGAGGAGGGGUUAUGAUGUACGCUGAAUGUAGUUCCCUGCCAAAACCACGCUGUUUGCCUCCUAAAAUGCAGCCAUCUCUGGGUGAAUUGCAGCAGAAACUUCAGAAAUAGCCCUUCAUGUUGCUUGGGGUCUCUUGCAAUUAUGCUUGAGAUGAAACUGAGCCAGCUUCAGGCCAAAAAAAUCUUGAGCCGCACCAAAAGCAUAAAAAAAUCAAGUUGUAAAAUGCAUUCAGAUCUUUUUCUUCACUUUUCUGGCCCAGUGCAUUAGAUAGAUAUCCAGCUGUUUGGAGCAUGGCCAGAAAUGUGUGUCUUCUACCUCAUGUGAGGCUGGGAGAUGGGGAGCUCAGCAAAUCCUUCUGAUGCUGCAGUUGUUUGAGAAUCCAAACCAGGGCUGGGAUGCAAUUCUGCACUGGGACUAGGUGCAUCUAGUGCCCACUUCCAUGUUUAAUCCGAGGUGUUAAGAUUAGGAAAGCAUAAUCAGUACUUAACAGUACUGGAGAAAAUAGUCCUUUUUCUCCAGGUCCCACAGGUGCUGAUAAUUUGUUCAUGGGCAGAUCAAAAGCAGCUAUUUCACAACUGCUGCUUUCUAUCUCCCUACCUUGCUCUGAGGUCUUUAUUUCUCCAGAAACAAAUAUUCCUACAUUUUUUUCCUGCUGAGCAUCAAGCAAGUGGCUCCUCCAUACUAAGCAGCAACUCCUUGAUUCCAUCCAUGCAUUGCCGUGUAGACGUGGCUGUAUCAGCCCCUAUGUAAUCAAUCGCUGCGUUGGAAAUCAUCAUUCCUGCCUGUUGCUGAGCUGAUUACAGCAGUCCCUGAUGAUUAAUGUUUGUGCAGUAUUUAGUCUUAAACUGUAUUGAAAAGCAGCUGGCUUAAUUACACGGACUGCCAAGAACUUUGUCCCAAAGGCACUGAGUUUAUCACAUCCACUCUAUACUUGGAUGCUGAAGUACGACAGAUUCUUUUGUUAGAAAUAGAUAUUCUAGGAAGCUGAGAACACUGCUAAUGAUUCAUUUUAAUUACAGGCAAAAGAUUUGACUUGAGUCCUUACGUCAGAGCCUCCUCCUGAGCUAUACAAUCUCAUUUAUGACAAGGGAUGUGCUUUUAUACAUGUGUGUGCUCAUGGAAGAGAGCUGACCGUAGGACAAACAUCAUGAUCUCAGUUUUUGGUUUUAUGAAGUAUCAGAGCCAUGUCAGAAAUCUUCCCAAGACUUAAAGCUAAUAACUUGGUGGGUUUAGGGGCAGAAAUUUACAAAAACUGUGUAUUUCUUACUGUGAGUUUGCAACUGCUGUUCACAACCCCUCUGUCUCGUGAGAUAUAUGAGUUGUCUUUAAACUGAUUUGCAAUGACUUGACAUUUGAGUGUUCAGUGAGAAAUAAAUUUCCAUCUCUAAAUGGAUGCCAGGAUGAAAUCUAGUUUCAAAUAUAAGAAAAUAUGUGUGUGUGCAGAUUGUGCUGGGACAAAACUGACUGACUGGCAGAUGGGGCUACAUCUGAAGCUGGCACCAGAAGGUAGCCAAGGCUUGGGUUGACUUGGAGAUAACUGGGAUGAGUUUGGAGCCAGGGCCACCAGCCACUAAAGAGGGUUGUAUAUGGGUUGAAUGGAGAGAAGGUAGGGGCCAGCAAGAUUUGAGUCUUGGUCUCCAAAACUUCAUUUGGCAUGAGUCUCAAGUCAGAUCAGCAGAGAUCUGUGGGUUGUGAAGAGUUUUUCUCAGUAAAAGCCAUGGGGAGCCAUAAAAGCUCCCCUCCCAUCAUUCUCAGGAAUUAUCCAGGGCACUUCACCCUUGGGGGAAUCAUCCUGCCCAACAUUCAGAAAUCCCAAUCAGAAUCACAAUAAAAAGGAUGGUGGGGACCCAGCUGUGCUGAUGGACACCUGGUUCUGGGGAUCCCUUGGUUUAAUCAUUGGCAUGUGGCUUCACAGCAUGUCCCAAGAGAGGUUGUGCUCUGUCCUUGGAAACCAGAAUGGAUCAAGUCCUGAACAAAUGGGUUGGACCUCACAGCUGCACCUGCUUGAAGCAGGGAAUAGAACUGGAGAUAUACCUUUCCCUUGAUUUACCAUGAGACCCUACUGCUGGAGCAGGGGCUCCUACAUGUGAGGGAAAAGGAAAAACACCUAAAUGCUAUAGCAUCCUGAACAGGGCCAGGACCUCUUCUCUGGGCAUGAAGUGACAAGGCAUAGCUCAGUCCCUGAGGUCAUAUACACUGGUGAAGUGGCCUAACCCACACUGAGGCCAUCCCUUGCACCUGGGAUAGGGCUGACUAGAUCAGGCCAAGUUAUCUAGGAUAUGGAUACACAGUCUGAGCCACUGGAAAACAGCUUGAACACAAAAUUUGUCAUUGGCAUUGACCCUCUGGAGCCCCACCUGCAUCCCUGCAUCCCAGGAUCCCACUCCCUUGAGUGUACAGGGAAGAGUUGGCUCCAUUUGGCCAUCCAUGGCUCAUUGGCUGGGAUAGAUUUAAUUGUUUUUGUAGUACCUUGAGUAGUUUUUCUUUCAUAGUGCCUUCAAUGGUACUGUGCUCUUGAUUCAUGAUGAAAACAGUAUUGAUAACACACUGAUGCUGUUAUCAGAUGUUGCAGAGCAGUGCUUGCUCAGAGUUGAGGAGGACUUUUCAGCUUCUCAUGCUGCCUUACCAGUGAGGAACAAGGAGGUGUACAAGAAGCUGGAAGGGGACACAACUGGGACAAGUGGCCCAGAGUGGCCAAAGGGAUAUUGCAUACAAUAUGAUGCCAUGCCCAGCAAUAAAACGUGGGGAGAAAUUUGAAUUUUCCAGGGGUGCCAUUGCUCAGGGACCAGCUGAGCACUGGUCAGUUGAUGGUGAGCAGCUGCAUCAUGCAAAUUUUCUUUUCUUUUCAUCCUUUUUCAAAAAACUUGUUCAACUGUCUUUCACUUCUAGCCUUUGCCCUUUCAAUUAUCUUCCUCCUUUCCACUGCAGAAUGAGUGAGUGAGCAACUGUGUGGUGCUUAAAUGUGUGCCAAGGUUAAACCACCACAUGGGCUCUGGUGGGAAGAUAAACUGAGUGCUGACAAGGGGACACAGAGAGGGGUUUGGCUCUCCUCCAUGGGGAUCUCCAGAAGCCUUUGGAUGCAGGGCUGGGAACCCUAUUCUGGGUAUCUCUGCUGGGGUAGGGAUGGGCCAGAUACCGGAGGCUCCUCCAGCACCAUGAUUCUAAUACUGUGAUUCUGUGAAAUAGCUCCACAGGUCCUGGCUGAUCUCCUUAGUCUGGGAAGGGAAGAAGUGGGUGUUUCUCUUAAGUCAUAUUUGUAUUGCACUGACAUUUCCCCAGCUGGUGAUACUGCUUUUCCAUGUAAAAGUUGAUAGCUCCACUGUGCAUCGUACUAGAGGAACACUGUCAGUAUGAGACCAGUGCAGUUGGACUGUGCCUGUAGAGAAGCCCUAUUUGCAAUGGGAGGGGCAAAAAAAAAGAGCCUAACCCCAGUCAGAUCUGGAGCCAAAGGACACGCGUGGCUACCAAAAAGCCAAGCAAAUCUGAGAGACCACUCCAGCAUCAAAUCACAAGGCAGAGGCAGAGAUGUGUACACCGAUGAGUUCUCCACAGUCUGAAGCAGUCCAUCCCUCUGUCGGCUUGUCCUUUGUAUCCAAUCCUUGUUCACAGCUCCUUGAGAAGUGCUGUUAAUCAGAUUCCUGUCUCGGUGGUUUCUCUUGGAGAAGAGCCAAUAUGUAGCAAGGUGUCACCAGCCAACUUACAAUGAGCCUUGCUUAACACACUGUGCCCAAAUUUCAACAUGUUCUGGAGCAGGAGCUGGGCCCCGUGGCUCUAUCUCUCGAGCUAAAAUUGCUUCUUGCUGGGCUUGCUUGCAAUCAGCAGACUCUUAAUUUUCAAUGCUGGCUAUUUAUAAGAUAACAAGUGCAUUUGUAGGCCAGUGGAUUGACUAUAAGGGCCAUCCUUUUAUUGUUGUCUUUCAGGUGACACCACAUUUUAUCUUCAGGUGGGCCCAGGAGGUUCAUUUAAACUAACUCCCACUUUCAGCCCAUAAAAUGAAGAUUACGAUCUUAGUACUUAUUUCCCCACCUCACAGGAGCGUGGUGAGGUUUAAUUAGUCGACAUCACAAUUGCAUGUCCAGCAUCAUACAUGACAUUGCUCUGCAAAACUCACUGAGAACCUCAUGUACAAUUGCCAGUGUGGGGGAAAAAAAAACACUUGUUGGGGCUUUCUCCUGAGUGAGGAGAAAGAAACAUUUGCACAGUUUUGGUGUUUUGCUGCCUCACAGUCCCCGGAAAUACUACAUUUAAUUUGGGAGCCCCUAGGACACAGUGGCUGAAAGCAUCAUGGAGAAAAGGGCUCCCAGGGAAACACGUUGAUGAAUCCCACAGGACUAGGGCAAACCUUUAGCAUUAGUGAUGGCCCACUCAGCUCUUGGUGAAGUCAGCAGUCCCCACUGACUUUGAGCAUCACUGGGUGGGAGUGGACCCAGCCAAAGUAGAAUAGUUUUUGCCAUUUGUAUCUUAACCUGCAGCAAGGGCGGGUCAAAGCCUGGCUUUGAAGCAGGGAUAUGUUGUGUGUUUCAAAGCCUAUGACUGUUCUGAAAACAGAGGAUUUUUUUUUCAGUUUGUAGAAGGAAGGACGAGAGUAAUCUGUGGCAAACUGUACAGUACAUGUCUUCUUGUGGUGUCGCUGUUGGAAUGGUUAUGAAGUUUUCAAAUCACUGUGGACAGCUAAUCACUUAAGUUAAUUAAUUUAUUCUUUACGGUUUGUUGUUCUUUUUUUUUUUAUGUAAUUGGAAACAAUUAUUUAUCCUGUAAAUCAGUCUUGAGUGAAACCUAGAUAAUUCCUUUUUUUUUUUGCUGUUAAUAAACAUGGUACAUGACUGA